GAACCAGAACCAGACACAAACACAAACACAAAUACCAACACGCACUAUGGCGACCUCCAGUCUCGACGGCAGCCUUGUCUCCCUGCUUAAAGCCUCCUUCCCUACUGCAGACGUCUCAUCCACCGAUCCCGUCAAAGUCUCUGGUGCCAUCUUCCCCGCUGCCCACUAUACCGACGCUGAAAAGGCUGAGAUCACCCAAUGGCUCAUUACAGCCAGCCAUAUUGCCUCUCCCUCUGAAGACCAGGCGAAGACGGACGAGCGCCUCGCAUCUCUGAACACGCACUUGUCUUCCCGCACAACCCUGCUGGGCAGCAAGCCGUCCGUCGCGGACGUUGCUCUGUAUGAGAAGCUGGCGCCUGUCGUUGGCAAGUGGAGUGCAGAGGAGCGGACUGGGGAGCAGGGAUACCAUCACAUCGUGCGCUUUGUCGACUUUGUGCAGAACGCACCUGUGUUCGGGUUGAAGCUGGACAACAAGGUCACUAUUGAUGCGGACGAAGUGCUCUUCAAGAUCAAGCCAAUCGACGCUAAGGCUGAGAAGGAGCGCAAGAAGAAGGAGAAGGAGGCUGCGGCUGCGGCUGCGGGAGCAGUGGGUGCGGGUGGAGCUACGGCUACGACUCUGACGGGCGAGCAGGCAGAGACGCAGGGCGGACGCAAGAGCAAGAAAGAUAAGGCGAAGGACAAGGUGCACCAGGCGGGCGAGGCUGUGGCCGCGGCGGUAGGCAAGGAGACACCAAUCGCUGCGGAGGGAGGCAACAAGAAGGAAAAGAAGGUGAAGCAGCCGAAGCCGCAGAAAGCGGCGCCUGUCGAAAAGCCACUUUCCCCGUGUCUGAUUGAUCUGCGAGUUGGACACAUCCUCAAGGCUACGACACAUCCCAAUGCCGACAGUCUCUUUGUCAGCACCAUUGCUUGUGGCGACCCAGCAGGAACAGACAAUACGUCUGAGUACGAGGGACAAAUCGUGCGGACGGUGUGCUCUGGGCUGAACGGCCUUAUCCCGUUGGAAGAGAUGCAAAACCGCAAGAUCGUAGCCGUCUGUAACCUGAAGCCAGUCACUAUGCGCGGUAUCAAGUCUGCCGCCAUGGUUCUUGCAGCAUCACCACGAGUCUCUGAAGGCGAAGACAGCCACAAGGGGCCCGUUGAGCUGGUCAAUCCCCCGCCUGAUUCAAAGGCUGGAGACAGAGUCUACUUCGAAGGAUGGGAGGGCGAGCCAGAGCUCGUGCUGAACCCCAAGAAGAAGGUCUGGGAGACCAUUCAGCCUGGCUUCACUACUACUGAUGAUCUGGAGGUUGGCUUCGAGGUCGGUGAGGUGCCGCAAUUGGCGGGGGAGGGCGAGUCGAAGAAGACCGGAUUAAGCAAGCUGAAGACUGCUGCUGGUCUAUGUACCGUCGUAACCCUGAAGGGCGCCACUGUUCGAUAA